AUGAUGACCUCAUCUCGACCCCGCGAUGAAGCUGCGGGAAAUUUUAGCAGCCGUCGCGGUCAUGCAAGUCAACUUUCAAUCUCAGACCCGAGCCAUCAUGUCACAGAAGCUAUAGGGACGCUGUAUGGCGAUGAGGACGAUUCUGGGUCCGAAACUGGCGGUCGACCAUUAAGUUUUAUCGAUGGAUCUUCGUAUCACGAGCAGAUACAACGACCAGCCCAUCUCGACUCGCAGCACCAUGCUCAUGCCCGCUCCCGACAUCAGCAGCAAAUGGAAUACGAUUCCCGCAAGCCCUUGACGCGGUCAAUGUCGGAUGAACCUUACGCCACACAGUCCUCCUAUGAAGAACAUGGCGAGAGCCUUAAAAAAUCACAAACCUUGAACAUCCCCUCACCGAACCGUCGAACCAGCAUGCAGUAUGAAGGAGGUUCCAAAGCGCCUGCAUCGCCGGCUUUGUCACUACGCGAUGUUCAAGCCGGCGAGGCGGGUUCGCAGUUUCCGCUUACCAACAUUGACAACCCAAAUGAUAUCGCGCAGGAAUUGAGCAACCUGCAAGCUCUCAGGCGCAUGUCCAUGGAUGUCGGAAACAGUAUUGAUCCGGAUAUGCCACCUAUCGGACUUUCAGCAAUGCCAGUCAUAGCCCCGUCUGGCAAUGACGACGAGAACGAUCCAUCGAGGCUUUUAUGGGUCCCAGCCAGAGUUCACCCCGAACUGGCUCCGAGUGAAUUCAAGUCCUUCCUGGAGAACCGUGUACAGUCGAUUAGAAGGAGAUCAGGCGAGUCUUUUCUUUCUGCAGAAGGCGGUGACCCGAAUCGCAGCAACUCGGGGUCCCUGAGACGCCAGAAAUCAAUGCUCUCUCGGCAGAUUGACAACUCCAGUGGGCAAGGAGCAGUAGGAUAUGUCGACGGGGCAGACCGCCUGGAGCGCAAACGGUCAACUGCGGGCAGCCAUAACCGCGAAUUAAGCCUUGAUGAGUUGGUCAAGGACCCUACUCGUGCCGUUCAAAAGCUUGCCAAGGAAGUACAGAAUACCCCCUGUGGAGAAGAGGGUAGCACUGAUGAUAUGCCAAUUCUUCCCAUGGCUCCUGGGAUGGGGCUGAGACGAUCGACAAGAACGACGUAUCGCAAGGGUGGUAGUCUACGAUCUGGCGACAGAGUACCAUUUUCAAAGCGUCUGGCCCAAAAGCAACAAGACGGUGAAUUGCCGGGUCUGCCAAGUGUACCUACAAGGGACGGGUUACGGGGACACACACCAGACAGGGUUCAAGAGCCACUGUCAGAAAACUAUUCGAGGCCAUCAAGAUCGGCCAGAAAGCAAUGGGACUUUUGUCAAGACUCGCCAGGUAACGACGGCUCUUCUCCUUACGAAGAAGACGCUAGGGUCACAUCACCGCCGGUGCAAGAGCAGCUCCAUGUCCGAGCAAUCUCGAUGCCAACCGUUGCGUCACCUCCAGAGGGUGAGCCGCGAAACGACGAUCCAGGCCAUGCAAGCAAUCAAUUCUCGGGGACAUUUCCCCAACGGUCCUCAUCACAGACUACUGGCUCGUUGAAACCCGAAUCCACGCCAAAGACACCCGAAGUCGUUGUGGAAGAUUCACUUGGUCCCCAAGCCGGUAGACAUUCAACGCCGGUAACCGCGGUAGGACCACCCCCCCGCCGGUGCAAGAGCAGCUCCAUGUCCGAGCAAUCUCGAUGCCAACCGUUGCGUCACCUCCAGAGGACUACUGGCUCGUUGAAACCCGAAUCCACGCCAAAGACACCCGAAGUCGUUGUGGAAGAUUCACUUGGUCCCCAAGCCGGUAGACAUUCAACGCCGGUAACAAAUAACUAUCCCCUUCAAAAACAAAACCAGCAGGCUCAGUACUCAUCGAAACCUCUCCCGCCUUCACAGCAACCGUCGUAUAAUGACAAAUUCGCAUCACCAUCAUCGUCUCUUCUCACCGGCGACGCAUCACGAACUGACAACCUCACUGUUAUCCCAACAUUCAGCCAAAUUGACAAGAAGUCCGACAAACGAUCAAAAAAAGACAGGGACGACGAUGCUUCCAGCACAUCAAGCAAAUCGGGAAGUGCAUGGAAAUGGUUCAAGGGUGUUACUGACGACAAGGAUAAGAAAAAAGAGGAGAAUAAACGGGCAAAGGCCAAGGCGCUUGCUGAAAAAUCGUCUGACAAAACGUCUGACAAUGCUAGGCUUGAUGUUAUUCAGAGCUCAAUUGACAAGACGCCCGCGAAGGGACGUGAAAGUCUGGUCCUGGAUAGGGACAACGUUGACAACAAGUUGUUGGAGGAGCGGAAAAAAGAAAGCCACCGAAAAAGCGACUCCAAGAAAGACAAGGAUGGUAACAUUUUCUCCUCGAUUUUCGGCGGUAGCAAACGGAAAGAAGAGAAGGAAAAGUCUGGCAAAAAGAGCCAGCACCUCCAAGUUCCUGAGGAGCCGGUUUACAAGCCUUUGCAGCCCGACGUGGAUUACAACUGGACACGUUUCCCGUUGUUGGAGGAGAGAGCUAUCUAUCGAAUGGCUCAUAUCAAACUGGCCAAUCCUCGUCGACCGCUUCUCAGCCAAGUGCUGCUCAGUAAUUUCAUGUACAGCUAUCUGGCCAUUGUCCAGGCUAUGCAUCCUCAAAUGAACGUACCGACAUCUCCGCAACAGAAGCGACUCGAAGAGGAGGCUCGGCGGAAGAGACAAGAGCAAGAGUAUCUUGCACAACAGCAAAUGGAUGACGAGGAUGCUGACAAUAGCUUGGAGCAAUACAAUUUUGACUAUCACAGAGCUGCUGUCCAGUAUGCUGAGUCUGGAUCUGAGAGCCAAGUGGAUUAUGUUGAUGAAGCUCAAAUUUACGAAGAUGAGCACGGAAGUGAUAACCAAGAAGAUUACAGCUAUGACAACCAAGACGGAUAUGGCCACAGUGUCAAGGAUUACUACCAAUAUCAAGGUGGUGAUUCAGACCACCGGCAUCAUGGUGGCAACAGUAUGUGGUGA